CUCUGCAGUCUUCCUCUCGAAACUCAAAUCCUUUCUUCAUCAAUUUCAAUCCUUCUCUUCUGAUCUUCUCUCCCAUUUGAAGAUUCGAUUUCAUCUUUCCUCUGAGAAUCUCAGAUCUCCAAUCACCAGUUCAACAACUCCAAUCCUUCUAACAAAAUCUCCCUCAAACACUAACCCAUGUAUUCCUCGAUAUUCACAUCCUCUCACCUCAUGACCCAAGAGCCACGAACUCUGCAACUAAUGGAGCUCCAAACCCCGCAACAAAUGGAACCACAACAACAGCAACCAACAGAGGAGGGAGGAAACACCCAAGCAGCUGGAAGUAGUGCCAACAUGGAUUUCUGGCGAAGCCGUACCAGAUGGAUUCCUACUCCAGAACAAAUAAGAAUCCUCAAGGAUCUUUACUACGUCAAGGGAUUUAAGUGCCCAUCUACAGAGCACAUUCACGAGAUCUGCCUCCAGCUGAACCAGUAUGGACAUGUUGAGGGUAAGAACAUUUACUUUUGGUUCCAGAACGUCAGGGCUCGAGAGAAGCAGAUGAAUAGGUGUAAUCAGGCUGCUCCAGUGCCCAUGGGAACUAGUUCUCUUGGUACUGGUGGAUCCAUCGAUCUCAAUUUUGGGUCCACUGGUUCUACUGGUGCUGGUGGAUCCAUCGACAUCAAUUUUGGGCCAGCUGGUGGAUCCAUCGACAUCAAUUUUGGGUCCACUAGUUCUACUGAUGAUGGUAGAUCCAUUGAUCUCAACUUUGGUUCCACCUAUUCUACUGGAGGACAAACAUCCCUACAACAACGAGGAGGAGAUCACCAGGAGGUUCAAACUCUUCCUCUGUUCCCCGUGCACGGCGAGGACGUCUUUGGUAACCUGAAGACUACUUCCGAGGAAGGUAGCGCAUUUGGUUACUAUUCUGGUGGCUCAGGCGGUUACCACAGUGGCUCAAACGUUUCUCUUGAGCUCAGCCUCAACCCAUCCGGAGCUGCUGACUAGGCUUAGUAUAGAAUAGUCCUCGUUUCCCUUUUUGUAAUAUAAAAUCAAUAAGAUUGUGUGCAUGUUUUCUUUUCUUUUUGUUUAACCAACAACAACACCAAGGAUCGAACCUUGGUCACUCAAUACUCUUUUCAAAACCAUCGAGAACUCUGCUGCACACAUCUUUCAUAAUGAUGCAAUAAAAACAAUCACUCAAAACCUAGCAAUCAAUUAAGUCACACAGAGGUCAAGCUAGUAUCCUCUGAGUCAAACCAAACACAAUAAUUUCGUCGCUAGAAUUAGGGAUUAAUAAAGCUAAACACUUCCUGAGUUAGUUAGGAAAAACCCACAUCUUUAGAGUUACACUUACAACUCUAAAAAAAAAUCUCGAUCAUUCCAUCUAUCAAUUGCUUCAACAAGCAAUAUGUACCAU